GUGAUUUAAAACUUGGAGACUCUUUGGCUACUCUGGCAGUAUAUGGGAGCAAUGAAAACGAUCCUUACAUCACUCUAAAAACCACUUUUAUAAUCAUGAAGAAGACUCAUUUUACGUACAUCAUGACAUUAUCUUGCCUGCUUACCCUCUGAGUCUGGAGUGGUUGAAUUUUGAUCCUAGUCCAGAUGAAUCAACAGGAAAUUAUGUUGCAGUGGGUAACAUGACCCCAGUCAUUGAUAUUUGGGACCUUGAUGUAGUAGAAUCCUUGGAACCAGUCUUUUCUCUUGGAGUCAAGAAAGAGAAAAAGAAGAAAAAGAAAGGAAAGAAAAAUUUAUCUUCAGAAGGGACUGUGGAAGGACAUACUGAUGCUGUGCUUGAUCUUUCAUGGAAUAAACAAAGCAGGAAUGUUUUAGCAAGUGCCUCUGCUGACAACACAGUGAUUUUGUGGGACAUGGCUGUGGGUAAGCCAGCAGCCAGCCUGACAUUACAUACAGACAAGGUCCAGACAUUGCAGUUUCACCCAUUUGAAACUCAGACCCUCGUUUCUGGCUCGUUUGAUAAAUCAGCAGUGCUGUACGACUGCAGAAACCCCCAGGACAGCCAUCGUGUGUGGCGGUUUAGUGGUCAGGUUGAGAGAGUUAUUUGGAAUCAUUUUUCACCUUGCCAUUUCUUGGCAAGCACAGACGAUGGUUUUGUGUAUUGUCUGGAUGCUCGAGCUGAUAAGCCCCUGUUUACUCUGAAAGCUCACGAUGAAGAGGUGUCAGGGCUACAACUAAGCAGUCAGAUCAAAGGGUGCCUUGUGACAUCAUCUGCUGACAAAUAUGUGAAAAUUUGGGAUAUCCUGGGAGACAGACCAAGUUUAGUCCAUUCCAGGGAUAUGAAAAUGGGAGUUCUGUUCUGUGCAGCUUGCUGCCCUGACUUCCCGUUUGUCUUCGCCUUUGGAGGAGAGAGGGAAGGGCUGCGUGUUUGGGAUAUAAGCAAGAUCUCUGCAGUGAAUGAAGUUUUUGGAAACAGAGAGAGGCUCAUCCUGGCUAGUGGCAACUCUGUGGCUCCCAGCUCCAUGGCCAGCAGUAGCAGCAAUGAUUUGGAGACAGCAAUGGAAUUAUGAUGGACCAAAGAUAAAAAGUCAAAGUAAUUAUUUGGACUACAACUAAUGUGUAUUCUCCAAAUGCCCCUGUUCAGUGAGAGUUCAUGGAAAUGACUGGUGUCUUGCAAUCUGCAGGCUGCUUCAUCUCAGACAAAGAAAGGUGGUGGUGUGGUUAAGCUCUAAGCUCCUGCCUCUGUUACCAGCUCUCAAAGACUGAAUCACUCGCUUUAACCUGAGAUAAUGAUCCCUGAAAUAGGGGCUAUAUAUAGCUGAUAUAUAAAAUGGAACAGUCACUAGAAAAGCAUUCUGUGACUGCAGAAGUUUGUUGAAUUCUGCAAAGACAGUUCUAUCUUCUACCUUCUAAGGGCAUACGGAAAAGUAUUUCACACAACAGUUGUGUAAUAAAUAAACAUAGAUUAAUUGAAUUAAAUUACAAGUGUAAAUAGAUAAUUUAUCCUUAACUUGAGGCUAGGUUUACAGAUUUUAAAAGAUCUCCCACGUAACUUUUUAAAUUUUAGUAGUUCUUAUGCAAUAAGUGAAGAGUCUCCAAGCAGAAUCCUGGAAUGUAUUUUUAACACUGAUAUCACCAGUAUCGAACCAGAAAUAACCCAGCUCUAUCCCACCAAGACUGGGUUGUUUUUUUUCCAGGUUCCACAGAACAUGAAGUUUAGUGGUGUUGCACAUAGUAUUGGGUUUUUCUUCACACUCCAGAUGUAUUUCAAGAGAAUUUGCUACUCAAGGAGGAUGAGAGGCUGUCAAGGACAAAAAGCGAGAGUUGGGUUCCCAGCUGGUCACUGUUCCUGGUGAAAAGUUCUGUCUUAUAUUCUUAAGUCUGCCCAGGCAUUUCUGCCUGACACCAAACUGAGGAAAGUUUAAGUAUCAGUUUAAGCACCAACUUAAGCCCCUUGGCUGCAGAAUCAGGAACCUAAUCAAGGGGUGUGACUCAAAGAAUUUCCUUGCAUUUAUAAUGUAACACCCACCUGCUUUACCUCAGGAACUUAACUGAUGCUUUUACCCUCCAUUGAGCAUUUCCCCUCUGCACACACCAAAGGUUCCUGUAGAGUGUUCCUGCUGCAAAAAUGCCCUGGGUAUUAAAUCCACUGAUGCCAAAGCAGCUGAAGGAUCAUAGUCACAGCUGCCAAUCUCUGCCCAUUGCUUUCCACCCGCACUGUCUGUAGUUCAUUCUGGUGAGGUAAAGCAGAUAAAUUGUGUCUCUGUAAAACUGCAGAUGGGGUAAAGGCAAGUCUGUAACUUUCUUUCCUAUCCCUAGAGGGUAAUUGGGUGCUUCUGAAGCUACUUCAGCUGUUUCUAGUCUGGUGAAGGUCUUCAGCAUGGCUCUGCAGGAAUGAAGAAUACUCUGGAUCUGUUAGGAUUCCUGCCUCCAUCCUGUCCCUGCCAAGCAGUAGUGAAUCAUGUGUGGAUGACAAAUGAACAGUGCUUUUGUGAAGCUUAAAGUGCAAGUACCAGAACCACCUCCAUUCAACUCCUCUCCAUUGAAAACUUUGAACUGUUUCAAAGCUUUAAUUUUUAAUAAAUGCUUUGUGUUAAGAUC